CCGCCUUCCCCAGCCUCUUCUGUUGGCGUUUCCAUUUUCACAACCUGAACCCACGACGCCGAUUCCGAUUCCGACUCGAGUCGAUUGAGUCCAAUUCUCGCCGCGCAGCCGCAGUCGCUGCUUCAGUCACUCGGGGAUUACACCUUGCGCUGCGUUUGCCGAUGUACGCUUUUCAAUUUCGAACGGCUUAAAAAGUGAAACCACCCUUGACGGUGACUGCGCCAGGUGUCCACAGAGUAAAAGGGAAUAAUUGAUUCGUUGAGAAGUAUGUAACAGGCAGAAGGAAGCUUUCCGUAUACGUACAUAUAUAUUACACUCACCACCAAAUAGGAAUUGAUGAGAUGCGACAGCAGUGUGGCAGCGUUUACACCUGGAACUGCGCCGGGGAGCUCUAUGGCAUUGAAUGCUCUCUGUGCGAGGAGCGGCCAUUAUGCGCCUUCUCCGAAUUCCCGGAGCACAUGGACGUGUGGCACUCCGACUGGCAGGCGCCUGAAGUUGAGGGCGAUGACAGUACCUCAACUGUAGCCAUUCCCGAGGAUGAGCUCAUGCAGGAGGUGCUAGCUGAGCAGCGCUCCAAUGGCGAGGAUAAUGAACUUAAGCAACAACUUGUGCAGCAAUUAAAUGCCGUUGAGGAGGCGGCGUAUUUGCGUAAUCCUAGAGAGCUAUUGCAAGUUACGGAAGGACCCGGAGAACCUGUCAAAAAUGUUGUCAAUAGACCAGACAAAAUGGAACCAAUUCUUCAAACACCUAUAAAGGUUGCAGAAAUCAGAAAAGAACUUAACGAGUGCCCAUCAGUUCCAGAUUCUACAAUGCAGGAGGUAUCACCCGUUUUAGAGGGCCAACGCCUCACGACCCACCAUGUACACCGCCUGAUCGAUUUGUACCGCUCGGAGCCUCGUCUCUGGAACCAGACGCAUGAGCAAUUCCACAACAUGGAGCUCUGCCGCGACUCCUGGCGCCGGAUAACGAGUGCCUGGAGUGCUUAUUGCGGCCGAAGCUUCAGCGUGACGGACGUUCGGAUCCGCGUCUCGACGCUGUGUCAAAGAUUUCUGAAGCAAAGAGAGCGUUUGGAGGCGGACGGUGAAUUGGAUGAUGUCGCCAAGUUUGCGCAUUUCGACCAAUUGAGCUUUCUGUGCGAGCAACAAUCUUUAUUAAAACGGCAACGUCACUACGCCCGAGAGAACAGCCGUCUGCUGGAGUUUUACGAGCACUAUCCGGUUCUAUGGCACAAUGCACACAAGCGGGUCCGAUGUGCCAAGACCGUACGUCAGCGGCAUGACGCUCUCCUGGGUCUCCAGAUGGCAUUGCGACUUUCGGGAAUUAGCCUGUCGCCCGUGGUUAUCCAGCGGCGGUUGCAAUCGCUGCGAAAGCGAUAUCGGCUGGAAAAGAUAAGCUAUCUGCAAAGUGUGGUGGAGGGAAAGCAGGAUGAGUUUGUAUCGGGAUUCGAGCACUACGCGGAAAUGGAGUUCCUGCACAAGCACAUCGACCCUUAUGUGUGCGCUGUGUGUGGAAAAAUUUUUGAGAACCUGGUAGGUCACCAAACCCAUGUGCAGAGCAGCUGCGAGGUGAUAAAAAUGGUUAAAGCUAAUGACCAGGAGAUGGAUAAUCCCGUGCAAGAAGUGCUAAAUGAGAAGAAGGAGCUGGUUGAAAGAGUAACCGAACAAUCAGUUGAGUUUUUAAAGGAAAAGUUAGAGGAACCCCUUAUGGACACUCAGCUAAUGGAAAAUUCUUCUGGGAAUAGGUUGGGUACCAUAGAUGCUAAAUAUCGCCAUGUGCCAAACCUGGCGGAGGCCUGCGCCGCUGCACAGUUGGAAGAUUCAAACGAUCUAGAUACCUCCAUAAACAUCAUGGAUAAUGAUCUAGCAGAGGAGAGACUUCCACUUCGUUUGACUCUUCCAGAAGCUCAAGACCUAAUCCGUCUGUAUCGAUCUCAUGUGUGUCUCUGGGAUCCGAAUCACCUGGACUACCACUCCCGCAAACAACGUAGACUGGCCUGGCAAACCAUAACGGAGAACCUGAAGUCUAAGGCCGGGCAGCGACUCACCUGGCAAACGCUACACCGCAAAAUCACUGAUUACACCAAGUACUACCGCAAAGAGAGACAAAGGAAAAUCAAGGAAAAGGACAGUAAUUCAAAUUGGAAUCUGUUUGAUGAGUUUCACUUCCUGGAUGAUGUACUGCCCAUCAGCAGCGAGAUGCAGAAGAACGGGAAGCAACGGGAUAGCAACCUGAAGAUCAUCACCGUUUAUCAGGGCUAUGCGCAGCUCUGGUGCACAGAUCACCCGGAUUAUACAAAGCGACGGCAGCGUCAGAGGCACCUGGAAUCCUUGUGCACUAGACUGCAGGAGGAGUGCAAUCUGCAGAUGACAGUCGAGCGUUUGAAGAGUCGGCUCAUAGAAUUUCGCUGCCAGUAUCGCCACUGCAAGGAGGCCCGAAUGGCAGCCGACAACAAAUCGGAACCGUGGACCCCUAACUAUGAAUUCUAUGAGCCGCUGCGUUUCCUGGAGCUGCAUGUUGCGCCCUUUCAGUGUCCCAGGUGUCCAGCAUCCUUCAAACGACGAACGGAUUACCUACAGCACGAGCGGAAAGUCCAUGGCGAUUCUGAAAAGCCCUUGGACGGCGAUUUUUACUACUUGCGGCGACGUAAAAACAGGAAACUAAACGAGGAGGAUGAUCUGCAGCAGGAUCAGAACCUGGCCCAUAUAUGCCAUAUUUGUGGACUGAAGUUUUCGCAAAGGAGCAGCCUAUUGGCGCAUCUCCGUCGACAUCUGGGCCAAAGAACCCACGUUUGUACCGACUGCCCUAAGAAGUUCUUCAGCUCGACGGCUUUGCGGGUCCAUCAGAGGAGUCACACCAAGGAACUGCCCUACGUGUGUGAGCAUUGCGCCCGAGGAUUCGUGAAUGCCAGCAAGUUAAAUCAGCAUGUUAAGCGACACAGAAACCAGCGGGACUUUUCAUGCAAUAGAUGCGACAAGGCGUUUUACACGGCUCACGAGAGGGACCGUCACUUGCGUGCCCAUCUAAAUAUUCGGGACAAGGUGUGUCCAUACUGUUCACGGGCGUUUGUGGUGGGCAGUGCCUACUACGCCCAUCUAAACCUCCAUCGCUCCGAGAAGCGCUACGCAUGCGAGGCCUGCGGUAAGAGGUUCGCCCAAUAUGCUGGACUAUACAAACACCGUAGGCGAUGCCUACCAGCUGAGGUUUUGGAGGAGUGACUCUUAUGCCUACAUUCUCCCUUAACUUUUGCAAGAAGUUCAUUAAUUUAUCCUUAUCAUGUAUUUUACCAUUUAUACAUUUUUUGUUAUAUUUCUGGCAUUAAGAAUAUAAUGUUUAA